UGGGCUGCUUGGCUGUGCUUGUGGCAGUUGACAGCACCUCCCAGCUAGGCAAUGCUCGGCCUUCGACUUGCUGCUUAACACUCAGACAGUCAGAGACUGCAGCAAGCACAGCACAGCUCUCUAUCCCAGUACUUGCCUGGCAGAAAAGUGCAGUCUCCUCUUAAGACUCUUUCUCCCUCCCCUCCUCUUUCUCGAUCUGCUUCUUUGGGUUAUCUAUCUGCUUGGGCUUUGCCUCCUCUCCAGCACCAGCACCACUACGCCCACCACUCCUGCCCAUGUUCAUGUGCACCUUUCUCUGCCCCCUUGUGCUUCUGACUUAAUUAUUCACUUCAUCCUGGAUGCCAUUUCUGGAUCCUGCAGUACAAGUCUUCAUGAACAAGCUGCACUGCUUACAGAUUUCACGGCAUUCAAAGGUCACAGAACUGCCACUAUGGUUAAAUGUCUUGUUUAAUGGUUGAGAUCCGAAACUAUACAUCCUCCUGGUGACUCCUGGAAUGCUAGCUUGUUUCUGCCUGCCCACUUUGAAGUUUCCACAUAGAAGGGUCAUUCAGAGGAUGCCCACAUUCACUUACUGUCAAGAGGAAUCCCUUAUUCAGGAAUCUAAUAGGUGUGGAGAAAUCUCAUUUGAUAGCCCAGAGCAGAAUGCCAAAUGUGUUCGCAUGCUAGGAGAUGCACGGCUGAGAGGUCAGACAGGAGUCCUUUCUGAACGACGUGGUUCCUACCCAUUUAUAGACUUCCGCCUUCUCAAUAAUACCAUUUACUCAGGAGAAAUUGGAACAAAGAAAAAAGUCAAAAGACUGUUAAGCUUUCAGAGGUAUUUCCAUGCAUCCAGGUUAUUGCGUGGAAUUGUACCACAAACUUCACUGUACUUACUGGAUGAAGACUACCUUGGUCAAGCAAGGCACAUGCUAUCAAAAGUGGGAAUGUGGGAUUUUGACAUUUUCUUGUUUGACCGCUUGACAAACGGAAACAGCCUGGUAACUUUACUGUGCCACCUCUUCAAUUUACAUGGGCUUAUCCACCAUUUCCAGUUAGACAUGGUUACGUUACACAGGUUUUUAGUUAUGGUGCAAGAAGAUUAUCAUAGCCAAAAUCCAUACCACAAUGCUGUUCACGCUGCUGAUGUUACACAAGCCAUGCACUGCUACCUUAAGGAGCCCAAGCUAGCUAACUUCCUCACACCUCUGGACAUUAUGCUUGGACUACUGGCUGCUGCAGCUCAUGAUGUAGAUCAUCCAGGAGUCAACCAGCCAUUUUUGAUAAAAACCAAACACCACCUUGCCGGUUUAUACCAGAAUGUCUCUGUACUAGAAAACCAUCACUGGAGGUCCACGAUAGGCAUGCUCCGAGAAUCAAGGCUGCUUGCACAUUUGCCAAAAGAAGAGAGGCAAGAUAUCGAACAGCAGCUGGGCUCCCUGAUCUUGGCAACAGACAUCAACAGGCAGAAUGAAUUUUUGACCCGGUUGAAAACUCAUCUCAAAAAUCAGGAUUUGAAAUUAGAGGAUGCUCCAGAUAGGCAUUUUAUGCUUCAGAUUGCAUUGAAGUGUGCAGACAUCUGCAAUCCUUGCCGGCUCUGGGAAAUGAGUAAACAGUGGAGUGAACGGGUUUGUGAGGAAUUCUACAGGCAAGGAGACAUGGAGCAGAAAUUCGACUUGGAAAUAAGCCCGCUUUGUAAUCAACAGAAAGACACAAUACCUAGUAUUCAAAUUGGCUUCAUGACCUACAUUGUGGAACCACUCUUUGAAGAAUGGGCCAACUUUACUGGGAACACUCCCUUAUCUGAAAACAUGCUGAACCAUCUGAGGAGGAACAAGACCAAGUGGAGGAGUUUGCUUCAUAAGCAACACAGCAGCAGCAGCAGCAGCAGAAGCACUGACCACUCUGUUCAAAAGACUGAAAAUGAAGAACAGACUUUAAAUGAAGGAGGAACCCUGUAGACCUGAUCAUUUCAGCACUCUAUACUACGGUGUGAUUGUAUCUUUCACAACAGUGAACAAAAUCCUAAGGGUCUGUUGGACCAUUGUUAACAAUGCAGGAAACCAGAAAGCAAGAGGGAAAGCUGAAGCAACAAGUGUCCUGAGUAGAACCUAUAUCCUAAAGCUCUGCCAAAUCCCACUUCCUCAUCGUAAUAUCUGAAGCCAUUCAUUGCUUCUCAUCACAGAUUGUCUGAAUGAGAAGCUUCUUUCAGUCAUGCUGAAGCUGGGCUGGUGAGCAGGUACAACUAACAGGAGCAUUCAAGGGCACAGCCAAAACCAAUGCAUUCUUGGUGAUCAUUUGCAUUCAGUUUGGGUCAUACUGUGACAUGUGUUUCUGAACAAAAAGGCUUGGAGCAAUGUACAGUCUUCAGUCUGGCAGCUGGACUGCACAUUAAAAACCACCAUCACCAGCACUGUCAGAACUCAGAGGGCAUCUGGCUACACAAGAAAAAAAAUGAUCUCAUUUUAAAUAAACAAAGCCGUUUUUAAA